GUGCUUGGUGAUGAUGAUGAUGAUGAUGAUGCGUGUGACGCGUGCACGAGCCCACAGGCAGCCAGCAGAAACAUCUUCCUCCUCCUCCUCCUCCUCCUCGACCGCCUCUCUUCGCCGCUCCAGUCCGUCCGCAAGGCUCUCUGCUCCGGCCCCCAGCAUGCUCGGCUCCUCGGCCCUGCUCUCGGUGCUCCUGGCGGGGCUCGCCGCUGCCGCGUCCUCGGUGGAAGUCUUCGACAGCCAGCUGGGCGACAUCAGCUACUGCAAGAAGCAAUGUCAGCUCGUCAUCAGGAACAGAAGCCCCGCUAAAGACUCCAUAAUGAACGCCUGCCACCGCGGCUGUCGCCUUUACUCCAUCUGCCAGUUUGUCAAUGGCAACGCUGGCUUCAACACCAGCAAGGACGAGUGUCAGGGAGCCUGCCAGGAGGCGUACGUCAAACUUCUAGAGCAGGAGGCCUGCAGCACCGGCUGCUCCAGCCAGCCCUCCGAGCCCGAGAUCAAGAGGAGGAAGCUGAAGGCCAUGACUCUGCGCCCCAAGCCGCCCUCCGUGAUGGAGGCCGUGUCCAGCUGGUGCAACGACAUAGUCAGCUCCGCCCAGAGCUUCAUCUCCUCCACGUGGACCUUCUACCUGCAGGCGGACGACGGCAAGGUUGUCGUAUUUCAGAGCCAACCAGAGAUGGAGUACUCGCUGCCAGAGCUGCAGGCUCCUCGCUCCAACGUGGCCGACAGCCCUUGGCCCCAGGCGCACUCCCACACGCAGAAGCCUCACGGCGUGAGGGGGCGUGGCGAGAGGGGAGGAGCCAAAGUAGGGAGCAGAGGCAAACACCAGGCGCAGCACGCGGAAGACGCGGCGUCCGAGCACGACUUCCUGGGCUGCAUGUCCAGACGUUCCGGUCUUCCUCGGUGGAUUUUAGCGGCCUGCCUCUUCCUGUCCAUCGUGGUCAUGUUGUGGCUCAGCUGCGCCAGCCUGGUGACGGCGCCAGAUCAGCACAUCAAGACGCAGCUGAGCAUCAACGGGGAUAAGGAGUUCCUGGAGCACCACAAGGUGAACCCGUACCACCUGAGUCCUCUGCUGGCCGUCAGCGUCAAGAAGGCGCCGGAGAUGGACGACGACGACCAGGAGGCGGGGCCUCUGCCCGUGAAGGUGGACCUCAACAACACCCGCGUGUAAGACGCCCUUACAAAACACGAUGAAGCACUGGAUUUUCUUAAAAAACCAAACAAAAAAAAAACCCCACAUCAUUUUAAAGCAGCAUGGCACCCCGCAGUUCAUCGGACAGACUUUGGAGAGUUAAUCUCGUCAUCCCUGCUAACAUAUAAAGCACUUCCACAUCUUUUGCCUCAUUGGAAAUAGAAGGAAAUGAAAGUGUAUUUAUUGUGUGGUUGAAGUGCCAUGCAUCGCCUGUAAAAUACAUUGUAACCUAAACUGGAGGAAGACUUAUUUGCUUAUACUGUUGUAUUAUUAUAAUUAGAAUUAUUAUUAUUCCCAUCAUGUUAUUGCUCUUCCAGCUGUAGGAUUAUUUUCAAUGUGUCAGCACAUUAUGUACUGAAUAGACAACUUUUUUUUUUUUUUUUUAGUUAGAAGCAGAGUUGCGCAGUCGUAGAGACGUUUUAUUAAAUUAGUUAGUGCUUUUUAUGACGUCCUGUAACACUUUUUUUUUUUUUUUUUUUUUUUUAGAUAGCAGGCUGUGAAAUAAAUCGUGCAUGCGAAAUUUGAAGCUCCUUCGGCCAUUCAUGGAUUUGCACUGUAGCUUCGUUUACUUUUUUCCACCCCCCCC